UGGCUCGAGCUGUCUGUGCAGCUUUGAGCCCUUUUUGGUUCCAGCCGUUUCCGGGCGGGCGCGGGCGCGGGCCACCGCGGAGGCUGAUACUCCUCCGCCCCCGCCUCGCCGCGCUGGUCCCUAGCGUCUUCCCGGAUGGCGGCCGACGACGCCAUCAUGAAGGCCCACCGCUUCGCAGGGAGGCUCGUGGCCGACAUGGAGGAGCAGGUGCUCGUCAUGGACCCGGCGCUGACGGGCUGCCCCAUCGUGGGGGCCAGCGCCGGCUUCUGCUCCGCCACGGGGCGCGCCCUGGGGGAGCUCCUUGGCGUCGGCUUGGGCGGCCUCUCCGAGGGCGUGCCGGCCGCGUGGCUGUCCCGCUCCUCCAGGGCGAACCAGGAGAGCUUCUGCGCGGAGUGCGCCAACCCCGACCUCGCCGGAAUCGCGGAGACCGUCGUGGUGCAGCCUCAGGCCAGGAAGGAUGGCUCCGUCUUCACGGGCUUCACCCUCCUCGGGCUCUGCGUGAUGCCUUCGUGCGACGGGCUCCGCAAGUGCAUCGUCGGUGCCGUGAUCCCCUGCGCGGAGGGCAUGCCGGUGCGCCUGGGGCGUGCCGUGCACGUGGAGCUGGAGGGGCGGGCUCGGGGCAUCCUAGAGGCGGCCAGGGAGCGGCUGAGCACGCUGCGCAGCCCGAGCUGGUGCUGCGAGGGGAGGGUCGACCUCAAGGACCUCGUGCAGGCCGACUUCGGCUUCUUCACGCGGCGGCUCGAGGCACAGGCCGUCGUCACAGGCGGCGGGCGCACCGCCGUUCGGCGGGAGUGCGACGAGCUGCCCACGGGGUGCUUGAUGUUCGGGGACAGGCCCGCGCAGAGGCGGCCGGAGGGCCUCGCCUUCCGGGUGCGCGUCGAGUCCACGACGGGCAAGUUCUCGGGGCUGCCCUUCGUCGGGUUCACGACGCGAAGGCCGUGCGGCGAGGCCAGCGACCUGCCCCGGCUCUCAAAGUGCCUCGCGGAGAGCGUCAUCGUCGGCGGGAGCGGCGAGGCGUUUGCCCGCGAUGCGAGCACGCACUACGUCAUGGGGUUCAAGCCGCCUCCCGCCACCGAGAUCCAGUCCUGGUCGCUGCAGCCAGACCUGCCCACUCACAAGCGCGAACCGCCGGCAGUGGCGCGCGAGGGCGACGAGAUCGAGUGCAGGUACACGUGGGACGGGCGCAUCCAGUUCCUCCUCAACGACACCGUUGUGAUGGGCUUUGACACUGGGAGACCGCUGGCGGAGGAUGCCCAGUACUACGCCGUGGUGGACGUCUGCCUCUCGACGACCAGCCUCACGCUGUUGCCUGUGCCGAACCCGAUGUCGAAGGAAAUGCGGCAGAUGCACGCCAGGAUCCGGGCCGCUCAUGUCAGCAGCAUGAGCACCCUGGCGCCCUGCGACCUGAACUCCGUCAGCGCCGACGGCGUCACAGGGUGCUUCACGCGCCAGUCCACCAGCUGGAGCGUCUUGAGCGGGUGCUCCAACGACGACCUCGGCGAGCAGGAGGUCUUCGACGAGCACGGCCCUGGCAGGAGGUGCCUGCCCAGGGCGGAGACGAUCCUGCUGCGGACCUUCCAGGUUGGCCUCUUCGGGGCAGGGCUGCCGUGCGCAGGGCGCUAGGCCUGCGGCACUGCUUGGAGGCGGACGGGGCCCUGCCCGUGCCGGGCCGCGCCAGGCCCGAGGCGGAGUUCAUUGUGAGCCCAGAGGGACCUUCGUGGAGCCAGGAGCACGCGGCUUCGCCUCUCCACCACCGUGGUGGACGCGUCUCCUUCGUUCGAGGGUCUCCUCAAAAUUCUGGCCCUCGUCAAGUUUUUCAUGAUUCUGACCUGCAGGGGUAGGGUUCGCAUAUGGUUGCUUGUCCUUCCCCUCCCCCCUCCGCGCUCUUCCUCAUCAUGUCUUCUUUCCGUCUCAGAACACUGCACCGCUGGGCGACUCGCCGAGGGUGUAAGCAUGAGGCGGCCGGAUCUAGCGAUCCAGUUCUAAAGUUCUCGUCGCGCGUGUGAUUUUUGAACGCGGGAGCUGAUGAUCAGACUUUCUGACACUUUCAGAGUUUUCGGGCACGGAGUUACUAGAGCUGAAUGUGAUUUCAACGAUGCGGCAUACUUGUGAUCUCCGACUGAAAUGCACAGCGUAUUCUUCGACCCGGAUUUACCUGGAGUCGAUAUAUUUCCUUCUCUGCCAGGCGGCAACUUCCCCAAAGAGUGUUUGCAUCUAGGGGGUCUUACUUGGCUUACUCG